AAGUGGGAAUACUUCGAGAUUGUAGGAUGAAUUCGCUUCUGAUUUUUUUCGGCAUUUGCGGGCUUUGCAUGUGCCUGGCUGCUGGGGCCGGAGCCGCACCCACAACAACCGACAUAAUCGUGAAAGCGGAAAUGGAAGAAUCAACGACGCCAGUGCCAACGGCGACUCUUCAGGACUCCUCAGAUAACAAAUGCGAUACUGAAUGGACUGAGUAUAAGCAAAAGUACCAAAAGGACUAUCAGAGCAGCGGCGAUGAGGAGAAGCGUCAGAAGAUAUUCUGCCAGAAUCUGAGCGAAAUCGAGAAACACAACGCCGCCUACGAUUUGGGUCAGGAGACCUACAAGAAGGGCGUUAACGAGUUCAGCGAUUUAACCCAGGACGAAUGGCAGAAAACUUAUCUCAAUAUGAAUUAAAAGCAAUUCCCGCUUUUUAAAAUGCUUGAAAACUUACUUUGUCUUAAAACUUCUUAUAAAUGCAAAAAAAUUAUAAAUAUUUCUUAAAUUCGAAUAAAGUAUUU